AAGUGGUGAAACUAAGCCAGCUCGCCUGUUCCGGAGCUGUCAGACGUCUCUGGAUGUUUAGACCCGCUUUUCAGAGACUUCGGGACAUAUGGAGGUCGUACAGACACAGGUUUGUGCCCUGGGUUGUUCUCAACCUGUCUAAAAAUGAGAAAACUCUGCGGCAGGUGACGGAGCGCUGCAGGGACAAGCUGGUGCCGGAUGAGGAGGUGUCGCGGAGCCUGGUGAAGCUCUUCACAGCCCUGAUCAGGAGUCAUGGGCCCACAGAUCACAGGGACCUGCGAGCAGCUCACUUUACCAGAGAGGUGACAUGUGGAGAAGGAGAUGAGCAGCAUGCAGGAAGCCCUCUGUGUGGACAGGAUGCCAUGUUACAGUCUCUGGGAUUCUGCAUUGAUCGUCAGCCCAGCACUCUGCCCUCUGCAGGAACUGGAGUGUUUGUCACCAAAGGGUUUGUGCCAGGGGGAGCCACAGUGGCCAUGUACCCUGGUACAGUGUAUCAGGCCUACGAGCCUAUCCUCCUCCAGUCCAUCUGGAACCCCUUCGUGUUCAGGUGCAUCGACGGGGUCUUGGUUGAUGGAAACGACAAAGGAAUCUCCAGAAUGGUGUUCAGGUCCUGCAGCGGCAGGGACAGACUGGGGCCCUUCUUGAUGAGUGACACCAGCUGGCUGACAGCCACUCCACACAACCCACUGGCUGUGGGUCAGUAUGUGAACAACUGCUCCAACGAGCGCCCUGCUAACGUGUGCUACCAGGAGUAUGAUGUGCCAGAGAAGUUUCCCUUUGAGCUCUACCAAUACCUGCCCAAUGUCAACUACAGCCAGGACACACGGAGGCCUCUGCGCUGUGUUGUCCUUGUGUCACUCAGAGACAUUGCACCUGGAGAGGAACUCUUCUCCAACUACUUCACUAUUGUGCAUUAAAAUUAAAACAUACUCUGCCUUUGGUGUCAGAACUGAUUAUAAAUUAUAUUUUUUUAAAUCCAGCAACAUCACCAUUGUUUCUAUUUUUAGUAACACUCUUUGUACACUCUUUAAUACUCAUUAAGGAAUAAAGAUAAAUUAUGUCU